AGAAGUUUGUUAAUGUUCUGAGUUUCUGCAUAUUAGGAAAUCGGUAUCUCUGUGGCGCACUAUUUUGCUCAGUUUGGAAUUGCUCUGACAGAAGAAUUCGUGUGCAAUUUUUUUUUUUUUUGAAGAAGUCAAAAAACAAAUUCAAGAAAAGGAGGAUUUUUUUUUUUUUUUUUGGUGGGGUUUGAUUUUGGAUGUGCAUGUCUUAAGAAUUUCCGAAGAAGAAAACAAAAAACAAAUUCAAGAAGUAGAGGGUUUGUUUUCAUUUGUUUUUAUGUUUCUGGAUGCAUAUGAACUGUUUGUAAGAAUUCCCGAAAGAAAAAGCAGCGCCUUUUCCGUGGACAACGGCUACUUAAAGCAAACCAAAGGCUCGCCCUUUCGGCUUUGCAAUCUCGCUUUUCUUGGGUUGCACAGCUAAUCCCCCCCCGGUUGCCCUCGCUCUCUCUCUCUCUCUCACACACACACACACACACAGCUUGCUGUUUCUGCAAAGCCAAGAAAAAGAUGGAAAGUUGGGACACAGCUAUGUUUUUCUCAUGCACUUUGUUACUGUUCCUAAAGCAAAACAAAGUGAAAAAGCUGUCUCUAUCUCCCAUAUAUCUAUGCAGAGGCAUAGAUUUUCGUGGGAUAGGGACCCAAUAAAGAAAGAAAAAGUCUGAAUUCAGUAGAUAUGGUGCUUGGAAUCUUUUCUCGCCUUUUCUUGUUCAGGCGAUCCCCACCAUUUCACCUCUUUCCCCCCCUCUCUCUCUAUUUGAUUGGGCUUUUCCUUUUCCCUUCUGGUAUAAUCUUGUCAUUUUUCUACAUGGAUUUUUCUUAUGGGUAUAAUUUUGAUAAGAAAGAGAGCCUUAUUCCAGUGAUAGAUGAGACCAGCAAGGCAAGAGAUAGGGUUAGGAUGGAUUUUUGUCAAAAUGGGGUUGAAUCCAACACUGAGUUCUGGCCAAUAGAGCAUCCAACUGAGCCUCCAGAUGAGGAUCAACCUGUGAAAUGCCCAGUGCCGGACUCCUCACUUGUAAAUGAGGAGCAGUUCUGCGAUAGCCCCCGGAAGAGGACAGAACUAUCAGCAGUAGUGAACAAAGAAGGAAUGAUGGUGGUAGCUGCCGCAGCUGCAGAGCCUCCUGCUCAAGCAGUGCGGAAGCGGCACCACGCAGCCACUCACAGGGAUCAUACAGUAGUAAAUCCACCGUUGAGAAGGCCACCAGUCCAUCCUCUUCCAACCCGUGAUUUUACAAUCUUCCAAUUGCUUCAGCCGUUCAAUAAGUCCGAGUCAUGACAAGGGCAUUGCUUUGGGAAGCCGCCGGGGUUUCUCGCAACCAAGUUAGCCUUUGAGAUUCAGAUGUAUACUGUCUUCAAACUUCUUGUAGCUUACUUGUAUUAAUUAUAUAGUUAUGUCUUAUGAUUGUUCAAUUGAAUUUCACCUUUUUCUUUUUCUCUCUUGUCCUUAUUGCCCUACUAAACUUGGUAAGUAGCUAGAGAAGUUCAGUGCCCCUUGGUUAUUAUUUCCGUAUUUGGGGGUUCUUUACUUUUAAAUUUAUAAAAAAAAAAAAAAUCUUUUCCAGUGCAUGGCCAAAGGGAGUCAAUACUUGUAUCCAGCUUUUGCCUAAUGCUUUUCUGUUUUUUGUUUUUUAAAAAAACCUUUCACAACUCAAAUUCAAGCAGCUUCACCGUUAUUCUCAAGAUUUGCCCUUUUCUUCUAAUGCUUUUAGGAUAAAAAAAAUUAUACAAUUUCUAAUCUUCAUAUUACAAUUAUCUUUUAAAACCAAUAAAAAAUUCUCCAUUAUUUUCAAAAAUUAAAAAUGUCACAAAUACAACUGUUCUGAAAAUUCUUGAAACUAGUUAACUAAUCACAUAAAUGUUAGCAAUCAAUAAUUCAAUAUAUAUAUAUACAUACAUA